AUGAAUAGCUCUAUAGAUGAAUCAAAUCGGCCCACAUCCAGAAAUAUGGAAAAGGUUUACAUUGAAAUUAAGGAUGGUUCAGAAGAUUUUUCGGGCUCAGAAUAUGAUAUUUUAAUUAGAAAUGAUGCAGAAAUUAAGCAAAAGCCGUUUCUAGUUAGAAAGACACAAAUCUUCACAAUUAGUCAUUAUAUACUAUUUUACGGAUGCAUACAAGGGUACAUGGAGCAGCUAUUUCCUGCAAACUACUCACUUUUUGAGAGUCUGCUGUCAAUGAAUCCAGUCACUAUUGGAACGGCAGCCUUUUUGCAAAAGCUAAUGUUCACUAUUGCUUCCCCAUUUUGGGGUAUGAUAAUAGAUCAUUCAGACCCUAUCUAUAUAAUGAAAUUUUCUAUAAUCUCACUAACUAUUUCUUCGUUAUUGAUAUGCUUCUCACAUACAAUAAACCAGUUCUUCUUUGCCAUGUGUUUUUGGGGAUUCUUUUCUUCAGUGCUUGGUCCAUUAUCUCAAAAGAUUGCCUCAGAAAAUAUCAUAGACAGUGGAAGGGGAAAGUACUUUGGAAAACUUAUGUUUUUUCAGACAAUUGGAAGACAGUGUGCUUUAAUGUUUGCUGGAUUUGUAAGCAGCAGACAUAAAAUUGAAAUAUCAAGUCAUUUUGGAUUUUGGAUGUUUCCCUUCUUGCUUUCAAGUUUGUCAGGGAUAAUUCUCUUUACUUUAUUGAGAAUCUUCAUUUCUAGCAAUAAAGACCUUCAGCAAAACCACUUACAUUUAUCUAUCAAGUUUAAUGGAAUCUCAUCCAUUACUAGUCUGGGCUAUAUUUUCAAGUCAAAAACUGUUAUCUCGAUUUUUCUCUUGGGAAUGGUCAAUGCAAUCCCCAGAAGUGCUCUGAAUUUUAUCCCAAUGUGGCUACAAUCUACUGGGCUUUCUCAACUUAGUGCUUCAUUUAUUGUUUCAAUCAGUUGGGUUGCUGCCAUGUUUGUAUCACCUAUUGUAGGCUUUGUCAGUGAUGUCUUUUAUAAUAUCUCUCCCUCCAAAGGGAGGAUUUUGAUGGCUCAAAUUUCGCUUGUUUUUAGAUCCAUAUUUCUAUAUUCUCUAAUUGCAAGAGUCCCAAAUGCAGUUUCCCAUUUCGAGUCUGAACAGUCCAAAAUUAUUGUGUACUCCAUCAUAUCCUUCAUUAUUGGGCUUUUCGCUGGAUGGCCUGGAAUUGGUGCCUGCAGACCUAUUCUUUGUGAAGUCAUUCUACCUCAGCACAGGGCAACAGUCUUUGCCCUCUCAUCCACAUUUGAAGGAAUUGGAGCGGCUUUUUUUGGUACUAGAUUUGUCGGAGAUCUAGCAGUUUCUUUUUUCGGAUAUAACUCAGAUAAACGGUUAUCUGACUCUAAUUUGAACUACAUUGCGUUGGGAAAUGCCAUUCUUUGCAUGACAAUUUUUCCCUGGAUUAUUAGUAUUUUACUUUUCUAUUUUAUUACAAGAGAAAGCCAAAAACCAGUGCUUAUUGGCAAGGACAAGUCAAGUAUGGACAGGAUUCCUGAUAAACAGUUAUUUGUUGAAAUCAAGACAAUAUGA